AUGGCUGUUGAAAGGUUGUCUGAAAUAGGUCAUUUUGUCAAACAACAAGAAUAUCAAAAGUUUCAAGCAGUUUCAGAGUUCUUGUUGGUAUUGUUGUCGGUUCUUGACGGUUCUUGUCGGUAAUUAGUAUGACCGGAAAAACAAACUGCAAACCGACUUUAUGAAGCUUGUUCUAUGGAAGAACCACAUUAAUGAAAUAAACACAGGAAAGAGCUAUUAUUUCAGAACUCUAAAGGUGCAGAUUUGAUGACGAAAUAUUUUUGAUGAUGAAAUAAAACUAUUUCAAUACCAAUGAAUCCACAAAGUAUAGCAGAAUUGAAAAUGUGGAAGGUAUUCAUUUUGAUGUGUCACAAAUAAAAGAAUCCCCUGACUGGUCAGUGUUUUACCUAUAUUUAACAUUGUAAAUUUAUAGUUAACGUUGUAAAUUAUGAUAGACUCUUAAUUUGUAUAUAGGUGGCCGAAUAAAGGUGUGGUUGGGUGGGGCCAGACAAACUCAUGUUGGGUGGGGGCUACAGGUAGAGGGUGUCCCUCAAGUUUUGAAUUUGGAGGCUUGUAAGUUCUGGCAAAGAUUUGUUUCACCCAACCACCCAAAACAAAAUGGUUCAAAACAUGUAAUUGUGAAUCAUGAAUAGUCAAUAUAUAAUAACCUGAGGACUCAGGCAGCAAAGAAUAUUAGGUUCUCCCACUCUAAUCUCUUUUGGAUAGCUUCCCUUGCACCAAUCUUACCUCAUGUUCCAUUACCCCCAGCACAUAUGUAACUUGUGAGGAAAAUAUGAGGGUCUGGUAGCCCUCUCCCACAUUUUUGGUGCCUAAUGACAGUAUUUCUGGCAUCUGGAGCAUCCACAAGGAAAACGAGAAGACUGUUUUGAGGUUAUAUUUUUGUUAAUUUGGUGACUGCACAUUUGAGUUUUAAGGACUGCACAACUGGAUUUAGAACUGUACAUUUUGUGUAGAACUGCACAUUUAAAUAAACCCUGUGUGUUGUCUUAUUUAAUUGUACAUUGUAGAAUUACGUUUAUUUCAACGUUGAAAUGAACACAAUUAUCAACAUUGAAAUGACUGUAUUUAUUUUGCUCUCUGUUAUCUAUCACAACAUAUACCCAAUAAUUUAAUUAAAAAGCACUGGCAUAUUUUUUGAACUAUUAAAUAUUGCACAAAUGAAACUUAAAGACUGUCCUUUCUUCAACUUCCUCGUUGCCUAUCUGGUGCACACUUCAGCAAUUGCUGCACAGCUCGUUCCACCUCUACUUCUGUCAUCUUUCAGUUUUUAAUGACACAUUCUAUGAACGAAUAAAUAGCACAACAUUAAUGAUAGAAUAAAGUAUUAUAAAACAAAAAGGGAAGGGGAGCGGUGCCGCAGUAAGAUACAUCACAAAGAGUACAGUUUUACAUACCCACAACAACUUCAGAUUUUAGUUGACUCAAAGGCAUAUUUGGAACCCUUUCCUUUCGUAUUCAUUCACACCAUAAUUUCAUUAUUCAUCAAUCUAAAAAAUUAAAUGAAAAGAUUCAAGAUGGUUCAUCAAUAGAUAGCUUGAACAAUAAUGGUGGAAUGCAACAUAAAAUAUACACAGCAUGAUUUUCUUCAGACAAACUUUGUGUUGUCAUACUUUUAUCGUUAUUUACCUGUGCGUCACAUUGCAGACAUUCUCCCUGACAUUCAAUCCUCUGAUGUCAAUAAUUCUAGACAACUGUAAAAUAAUGGUCAUGUAUAACACAGCUCUGUCAGGAUAUGUGAGGAUUGAACAUACAGGUUUGAGUCAAUGAGACAUUCACAGUUAUUCCGGGCUAUAGUAUGUUCAAUGCCGAAAGUAUCUUCGUUCUGUCUUUCUGGUAACAAUGAGAUCUUCUUUCCUGCCAAACUUGAGGGUUGUCCAAUACUAUCAAAUCUACUCCAUGCAUACUAUCCAUGAAUUCUGUGAAUGCGACCAUGUGGUUGUGAUAAAAUAUUCCUGGGUGAAAGCCUGUGACAGUUACGGUACGUAAGAUAGUCCCAAGAAAAUCCAUCCAUUGGUGCUAUUUGUCUGAUUGGUCCAUCCAUGAUGGAUGGUCCAGGGAAUGAAAUGACGGCUGGUCUAUAGACAAUGCCCGGCCAGAAUAUGGAGAUGUCUGGUCAAAUUCUUACCUUGCCGGUCAUUUUGACCGUUCACUUUUGGUAAAAGAACAAACUAAUCUUCAUUUGAAUUAAUAAUCAAACUAAAGUUGUGAAGUAUUAUAGUUAAGAACCCAUAACACAUUGUUGAAUAUUUUGCGGGAAAAGAACUUCAAUGUACGGCAGAUUAAUUUCCCACACAGUACGUCAGAAAGCCCAUAGCCAUGCUUUUGGCUUAAGAGUUUUAGCACAUUGCAAGCUGUUUUAUGUGAAGGAAUAAUUUGACUGGCCAGAAAUUUGGUGUGUCCAAAUUAAAAUUGAGUUGGCCAGUCACCUUGACUGUCGACCCUCCAGCCGUUAUUUUCCACCCUGAUGAUCGGGUUGGUGGGACGGCCAUGGGCAGAGGCACCUCUAAGGUUAUAUAAUGGUUAAAGUUAUUGGGUUCACAAAUUGCUUUUAAAGAACAAAGCGAAAUAUAGUAUGAAUGAUUAUAUCCAUAUUCUCAGCAGCUUCUAUUUACAGACCACACACAAUAAUAUUGAAGCAAUAAAGGCAGGCCUCUGAAGGUUAUGUACUGUUUGCAGUUAUUUAAUUUGCACAAUAUUUUUACUCAUUAAUUUGCAUUGCGCCGUCAUGCGCCCUGAAAUUGGGAACAGCUAUUCAUGUUGGAGACCUUGCUGAGGUUGGAGCAAAAAAGCUGAGAUUACUGCAAGCAACUUACUUGGACAACACAGGAUCCAUCACGGUGGAUGUCUGGGAGCAGCACACUCCUUUGGGUGAAAGUGGAAAAGUGUAUUUACUUAGAUAUGUGCAUGUCCGUAUUUGGGUUGGAGUAAAGAAGGUCAGCACAAUGGUGGACUCUGUUGUUUCUGCCAUUGUUGAUAAAGAACUACAGAAAAUUUUUGUCAAGCAAGAUGAAAUCCAGACUGAUAACUACAAGACAAUAACGGUACCCAUCACUGCAUUUGUUCAGAAAGUGGAGAAAUCAAUUGCAUGCAGGAGCUAUUCCUAAAGGCUUCUGCAAUCGACUGACAGGAAAUUUGUCCACUGCGACAGAUGUGGAUCCACAUUGAGGACUGCCGACCACAGGUGUGCGCCAGAGUCUUUGGAAGGUGACCAGCUCAAUUUAACUGUUUUUCAAAAUGUUCUGCAAAGUGGAUGUGUGUGUGUGUUAAUUGGAAUCACUUCACUAUGUUUGAAAUGACAUGGUUGAUGCACCGUUUAAUUAAAUUUCAUAUGACGCGAGCCAACAGAUCACAAUACUUUUGUGUAUAAAAAGGGCGUGUGAAUUGAACAAGUUACAUAUUAUUAGCACUGAUGAAGAUCCAGGCUUACCGAUCGAAAGCUUUGCAGUAGUAAAUUUAUGUGGUGUUUCCACAAACAAAACUAUUACAUUAUAAUUGUGUUAAAAUGUUGUUACUUAGAAUGUAUUGUAAACUCUCUAUUUACUAUAUUUAGCCCAACCCCUCAAAUAAGUCUCCCCUUUUGAUAAGGAAAUUUAUUAAACCCACCCUUUCUAUUACACUUCCCCCUCCAUUAAGCACUUCCUCUAUUGAACUUCACAACAAAGUUCAGAAUGAAGUUCGCACCAUUCAGCAAAAAGUUAUGUUAAAUCAACUGUAAUGGAGAGUUACAGUACUGAAUAAACAUAGAUACGGAAAAACAUUGUUACCUUGGUAAUAAGUAAAGUUUUCGUUGAUUUUAUCUCACUUUUCAAUCUAAAGGUGAAACUAAACUAACACUGGCUGUAAACAACCUUUGGGUUUAAAAGUGUCAGAAGUGAUCUACAAUUGACAAAAAUAAAACAGUUUAUAUUUUUUUGAAAAAUAAUGUGAUGUCAUAUCUGGUCGGGAAAGAGGAUUGGGCCUAGUGUUUUGUUGCGUUAGACAAGUGCUUUUGUUUUGUGACAUGGAAAAACACAAGAUAUUUAUAAUGAUAAGUCUUAUUUUACACUGGUGGCAGCUAAAGAACCUUCGCAGUGAUGGCAGAUGAUAUUUGUGAGUGUUUGGUAUUGGAAGAUGGCAAAUAAGCCGAUGGAUAAUGAGAAUUGUAUUGUACGCAGCUUCGCAAGGAUGGAAUUAUAAGAAAACGGCCGGAAAACUGCAUUAAAUUUGCCUAGCGACAAGUUAGAUGUACUUUUAGCUUUGCCUACAGCAGACCAUAGCAGUUAGGCUAAAAUUAAAGUGAUUCAUCUGGCCGAAUUUUAACCCACUAAGUUGAGGAGCGAAGAGCUUUUUCUUCAGUGAUGAAAAAAGGACAGUGAGUCAUAUUUAGUUUAUUCUAAGCAUUUGGAACGUCUUUAUCAUGAAUCAUUUGCCUAGAGUCUGACUCCGAGCUCAGUGAUCAAUCCAGUGAAGCAAUGAAUUUUAGCUGCAUCCCAAUAUCUCUUGGACGAAAGUCUAUGCCUGUUACGAACCAUACAUAACUGCACGAUCGUACCUUAUCCAAUGUAGAUAUUCCUUUGUGCGGCUAAAUGUUAGUUUUGGACCUUUUCUUGUAUUACCACUAAAUGUCAGCACACCAGUCCUUCGCCAUGAGGGUGCUGAAGGGGGGACCCAAUCCCAUUUCCCACCUGAAAUUUUGGCAAAAUUCCAGUCCCAGUUGGAUUUUUAUUAGAAAUCCCAGUCUGAGUUAUUGACAUCCCAGUCAAUAAAAAACCCUUUAUUUAUCGGUAGAAUAAACAGCCAGUUAAGUGGCAGUCCCGCUAAGAGCGGUCCGAUGACUUUGACUUCGGAAAAUAGAUUUCCUUUAUUUUUUGUGUGUUGAAAGGCAUUGGUAUACAAGUGUCCAAAAUAAAUUUAUUUUUUGAAAAUUCUUUUUUAUGGCUUCGCUAGACGCCGAAACUCAUUUCACCCGUGCAGAGCUAAUUUCAAGCAAAAUCGAAGGUUGAAUUUCGGUAAAUUGUAGAGCCGCGCUGUGUCAAAACGCCUGACUAUUUCCAAAUUUCAACUAGAUCAACAAGUUAAGAUACAAUUCAGGUUCUCUGUUCCAAAAAAUAAGAGCAUUUGAAUAAAUUGUGAAUAAACGACAGCGACUUGACGGCACACCGGUUUUUGCUUCUUGUUCGGUCUAGAAAAUUACACUAAAAUCGAAGCCUGAGAUCUCCAAAUGGGGACCUAAAAUUACGCUGAAAUGUGCUUGGCUGUAAUGAUUUAUACUUAUUUUCAGAAGAUCUGAAGAAAAACCUGCGGGUAUCAAUCUGUAUUUGGCGCGAGUUAAGAUUUUCUGGAGCCCAUAAUCAAUGAUUUUUGCAUAAUUUAUAGCUAAUUAACAUAUUUCUUGAGAGGCGCUAAAAGUAAACAAUUUCGUUCUGACUAACAUAUCUCAGAUGAAAGAGACUACCACAGCUAGUAAAACCCUCUUUGUAAACAUAGUCGUAAUGUUCUUUUCCUGACACGCUGAGAGAGCUUUGAUUUUGAAUGUUAUGCCACAUUUAUUCAGUCUGACCAGAUUCAUAAAUGUCACAAACUUGUAUAUUUCAACAAUAUCAGUACCACAAAUCAGAAUUCAGAAAGACCGAUUAUUCUUUCCUUGAUUUAGUUGAUGGAUUUAGUUGAUUGAUUUAAAAAACUAUAAGUAUAAUAGAACAUUCCAUGUGUUUCCAUUGCCCCUAUAUAGGGCUAGAAUUUUUAUCAAUAUGUUCUAUUUUUCUGUGGCGACGGCAUAUUAACAAAAUACGACACAAAAAUGUACAUUCGAAUUUAUGACCGACAUAUCAGAAUGUUAUUUAUGAAGUUUGAAUUGAAUAUUACAAGUUUGAUUUACAUACAAUUAAAAUUAUGCUUUUUCUUUUACUAACCCAGCAUAGAAAAUUCCUAUUUUAGUAUUUAUUUCGCGUUAAGUAAAUUCAAUUCAAACUUCAUAAAUAACAUUCUGAUAUGUCGGUCAUAAAUUCGAAUGUACAUUUUUGUGUCGUAUUUUGUUAAUAUGCCGUCGCCACAGAAAAAUAGAAUAUAUUGAUAAAAAUUCUAGGCCUAUAUAGGGGCAAUGGAAACACUUGAAAUGUUCCAUUAUAGUAGUUUUUUAAAUCAAUCAACUAAAUCAAUCAACUGAAUCAAUGAAAGAAUAAUCGGUCUUUCUGAAUUCUGAUUUCUGGAAUAUUUUUGAAAUAUACAAGUUCGUGACAUUUAUAUGAAUCUGGUCAGACUGAAUAAAUGUGGUAUAACAUUCAAAAACAAAGCUCUCUCAGCGUGUCAGGAAAAGAACAUUACGACUAUAUUUACAAAAAGGGUAUUACUAGCUGUGGUAGUUUCUUUCAUCUGAGAUAUGUUAGUCAGAAAGAAAUUGUUUACUUUUAGCGCCUCUCAAGAAAUAUGUUAAUUAGCUAUAAAUUAUGCAAAAUCAUUGAUUAUGGGCUCCAGAAAAUCUUAACUCGCGCCAAAUACAGAUUGAUACCCGCAGGUUUUUCUUCAGAUCUUCUGAAAAUAAGUAUAAAUCAUUACAGCCAAGCACAUUUCAGCGUAAUUUUAGGUCCCCAUUUGGAGAUCUCAGGCUUCGAUUUUAGUGUAAUUUUGUAGACCGAACAAGAAGCAAAAACCGGUGUGCCGUCAAGUCGCUGUCGUUUAUUCACAAUUUACUCAAAUGCUCUUAUUUUUUGGAACAGGGAACCUGAAUUGUAUCUUAACUUGUUGAUCUAGUUGAAAUUUGGAAAUAGUCAGGCGUUUUGACACAGCGCGGCUCUACAAUUUACCGAAAUUCAACCUUCGAUUUUGCUUGAAAUUAGCUCUGCACGGGUGAAAUGAGUUUCGGCGUCUAGCGAAGCCAUAAAAAAGAAUUUUCAAAAAAUAAAUUUAUUUUGGACACUUGUAUACCAAUGCCUUUCAACACACAAAAAAUAAAGCAAAUCUAUUUUCCGAAGUCAAAGUCAUCGGACCGCUCUUAGCGGGACUGCCACUUAAGACCUUUUAAGCCACCGUGUGUGCAAGUGGCGGACACUUAACUUUAUGAAAUAUUGGGAGGGAGGCUUUGUUAAUAUUCUUUAUGUUAAUGUGAAUAGCAUGUGACUGAGUCUGCGUGGCAGAGUGGCGCAGUGGAACUCAACAUGGCGAGCAUGUGGUCACGCUGAUAUAUUUGUAAAGUUGUUCAUAUUAAAAGUUGAUAUUACAAGUUAUCACAGUGUAAAGUUUGAUUUAUAUAAAUUGGUAUUGUAGGGUUAAAUCUCUGUUACUAGAACUGGGAGCAUGUGUUUCUAAAGUUGACCCUGCUGUAUUUUAUUGGCUUGAUGAAAAUGGUAAUGUUUAUGGGAUAUUGGCAUGUCAUGUUGAUGAUUGUAUUUGGGGGGGGGGGGGUAAACCCGAAUUUGAAAAUGUCAUAAGUAGGAUAAGAUCUAUCUUAAGUGCUGGCAAAGAAAGCAAUAAAGCCUUCAAAUAUUGUGGUAUUGACUUGGAAUAUGGUGAAGAUGGUGUGAUAUAUCUUGAUCAGAUAGAUUAUACAGAUUUACUUAAACCUGUUGACAUUACUGCUUCUAGAGCUCUUGAAAAAGAUAGUGAGUUGACGGAAUGUGAAAAACAUAGUGUGAGAUCCAAGGUGGGUCAACUGUUAUGGCUGGCUCAUCAAAGUCGCCCUGACUUACUGUUUGAUGUGACCAGUGUGGCUAAUAACAUAAACAAAGGCACUGUGCAGCAUGUUCUGGAAAUAAAUAAAAUUAUUGGUAAAGCGAAGGUCACAAAAUCCUCUCUCAAAUUUCAAAACUUGGGCAGUAAAGAGAAGUUAAAGCUUGUUGUUUUUAGUGAUGCUUCGUUGGGUAACAUGCCAAAUGGUGGAAGUCAGGGUGGAUAUUUGGUUUUACUUGUUGGGGGAAUCGGGAAGAUUCUCACCUAUUUGGUGGAAUUCUAA